AUGCCCGACACAGACGACGCGUUUUCGGACUCUGAUCAGUCGUUUUCAGCGCGUUCAAAAAGCAGAUCCCCGACCAGAUCACCCAGUUACUCCAAAAGUAGUAGGAGGGCGACGGAACAGUAUUCAGACUACAGCGAUACCGACGUCUCCAAAACCCGCAGCCCAAGUCCCUACACGACCGAUGACGAGACCCGUGCACCAUCGAUAGAACCAUCCUUCGCGCCAUCCAUCAAACGUAAAAGCAACCAGUCUAGUAGUAUUAAAAGAAGUAGCCACUCGAAUGCGCCAGCUGAAGCCAACAGAAGUCACCUCACCUCGGCAGCAAAAUCGAAUCAAGAAAAGCUACCGAGCAUAACAUCCAAACGAUCAACUCCUUACGGAAAUAUAACCACUAGAAAUGGGUAUAUAAUGGUUGGCAAGCACAAGAAAGGCAAAAAGGCUUCAAAUACUUCACUAAACAAUUCAAAUUACACGAAAUUGGAUCCCGUCACGGCGCGUAUUUUGUCAGCGCAAAAGAAGAAACGCAAUCAGACCCAGAACGAAGCCGGUCAGAUUCGCAUUCGCAACCAGCAGCUCGAGUACGAACUCAAGUCGCUGAGAAUCCAGUGCAUUCGUCAAGAAAAAGCUCUCGCUGGAUUCGAAAACACCCAAAGCGCUCUUCCUCAAGUGCUCCAGCAGUACGAGGACGACAAGCGCGUACUCAAGGACCGUCUGCGCAAGGCCAAGGAGUCCGAGCGACGACUUGAGCGCGACAAAAAACGACUCGAGGAUGACAAGCACCGACAAGACCGAAAGAUCAAGGACUUGAAGCAAAAAGUGAAGGCUGGCCAUCUCGAUGAGCGAUUUGAGCUGCAACAGAAGCUCACUGAAGCUGAGCAGGCCGCGGAACAGGCUCUGAUUGAGCUGGAAGAGGCCAAGAAGAAUGCGCGACUCCAACUUCAAGCUCUUGAACGAGAAUUGAAGAAGGAAACCCGCCGCCGAGUCAAGGCCGAAUCCUCCGCCCAAGCUUCAACGGAUGAAGUCGACCGCCUCCGAUCCACGAUCAAGGAGAAGGAGCGACAACUCGGAGUUCUCAAUAUCUACUCCCAGAAGCGAAAGGCCAAGUCUCAAAGAUCGCCACGGCGACCACGGGAUCGCACGGAAUAUGUUUUUAAGUCAUUCGACUUUAAUUCAAGCUUUAAGACUUUUAACAGCAACACGUCCCUUGCGUUGGAGCCCUCUGCCUCUCCACGUCCCUAUUCCAAGCGAGAGGAGCGACCUGUGCCAGCGUUCACGACUCCCUUGCCCGCUGCGAGCUCACCAAGACCUCAAAGCCAGCCAAAGGUGUUCAUGACGGAGCCGGAGGAAACCAAGAUCUCCCUUCCCGUCGCCAAGCCUGAACCCGUCGUUGAGCAGCGAGAACCAACCCCAGAGCCAUCUCCUCUUCCUCCUUCUCCAGCUCCCGCUCCCACCAACGAGGAGAAGACCAACGACAUCCUCGACGAUCUUUUGGGGCUGAACACGAAGAAAGAAAAAGACCCUUCCCCUCUUCCCCCAGCAUCUCCCCAGCUCUUGGAUCUCCCCGUCGCUAAAGAGGAGAAAAAGACCAUCCCCAACUUUUUCGAUGAUGAGCCGGAUGAGAAAAAGGAUGAUAUCCUCGCGGAUUUGAGAGAUCUUCACGCUCAAGCACCUGCAAAGGAGCCCGAAGAGAAGAAGAAUAACAUCCUCAACAUCUUCGACGAUGCUCCCGAGCCCAAGAUCGAUCCUAAGGAGAAGAAACAACAGUCCGUCUUGGACGAUAUCUUCGGAGACACGCAGAAAGAGAAAGAAGUUGAUGAUUUGGACGCGUUCUUGGGAAUCAAGCAGGAGAAAAAGAGCCAGCGGAAGGAGUACAACUUUACUCCCUCCGUGAAUAACUUGCACGAAGGCAAGGCUGCAAAUGGCUACGAACCGGCACCUAAGAAAAAAGAAAACCUGAUUGACAAUCUUUUUGGAACAACCGACUUUGAUGAAGAUCUGGAAUAUGUCUACUGA